CGCAGCAGGCCGGGGCGGCGGAGCGGGCAGCGCAAGCGGCGGCGGCGGCGGCGGGUCGGCGUAUUGCCGGGGAGCUGGGGGGAGAGCGAGGCCACGAGACGGCGAGUCCACAGAGACGGGGCGCAAACGGGCACUCUGCGUGGCCCUCCCCCUCCGCGUGGCCUUCGCCGCCGAGCGAGGCAUCGCCCUCCGCCGCCCGUGCUGAUGGCGACCCGUCCCGCCUCUGCGACAUGCCGCGCGAGAGCGUGGUGCGACCGCCGCACGAGGCGGUGAGCCCUGUCUGCGCGGUCUGCGGCGUCGUGAGCCCGACGCGCGAGCCGUGGCGCGACCACGACUUGGCGAGGACUGAGUUGUGGCAAGCAGCUCGGCGGGCGGAGGCGUCGCCGCCACUCGUGCGGCUGCACGCGGCCGGAACAAGGCGGGGCGGCGAGGUGGCGCAAGAGGGAGAGCGCUCUCCACGGGCAUCAUGCGAGUCGAACGAGACGGCGGCGGCGGGCUGGGAGGGUGGCGCGAGCGUGGAGCGGGAGCAGGGAGCGGGAGAGGAGCAGGGAGCUGGAGAGGCGUCUGUGGCGAGCGGCAAGGCGGAGGGCGAGGCGGAGCUGCAAGCCGGAGAGCAGGUCUCGCCGCGGGCGGGCGGCAAUGGCGGCGUCGCCGACGAGGAGGACAAAGAGCGUCUCCGCCGCACGGGCGACACCUCCGCUUCUUCUACCGAUGCGGACCGCACCCAGCUGCAGCAGCUUCUAGGCGAGUGGCGAAACGAUAUCGUGCGCGAGCUGCUGGAAGUCUCGAGAUGACGGCCGGGGCGGGAGGAGG